AUGCAUCUACCUCAGUUUGACCAGGCCCAUGCGAGCAUGGCCCACCGCUCAUUAGAGGGCGCAUCGCGCUCCGUGGAGAUUUGCGCCGUCCUAGCCACUUUGUCUGUUUUGUCUACUAUUACCGUUGCCCUACGGACCUACAUACGACUUGUACUCCUUCGUACCUUUGGUUUAGACGAUGGACUUAUGGUUGUUGCCCAAAUACUCGCCAUUGGUUCUGCCAUUGCGAUUGGACUAGAGAAUAAGUACGGGCUUGGAUACCACACUUGGGAACAACCCAAAGACAAUUACGUUCCUUACAUGAAGGCUUUCUAUGCAUCUGUUGUCGUUUAUAAUAUCGCCAUAUGCUUUGUUAAAGUCGGAAUCUUACUUCAAUACCGUCGAGUCUUUGCUCUCCGAGUAAUGCAGAUUAUUACGUUCUACGGAGUUAUGUUUAUGAUCGCUUGGACUAUUACGAUCGCUUUCCUAAACAUCCUUGUUUGUGUGCCGGUGGCGGCCGUAUGGGACACAACCAUAACAGGCCGAUGCAUCAAUAGUUUGACAGUAUGGUAUGUCAUGGCUGGCUUCAACCUGGUCACUGAUAUAGGCAUCUUUUGUAUCCCUCUGCCCGUCAUCAAGAGCCUUCAACUACCUCGAAAACAAAAGGCUAUGCUCCUUGCUAUCUUUUGUCUUGGAUUCUUUACUUGCAUCAUCUCUAUUAUUCGAAUUCAAACCCUAAAGGUGGCGGCUUCGACUAAAGAUCCUAAUUGGGAUAACGUGGAUGCUGCUAUAUGGUCGUUCCUUGACGUCGCCAUAGCCGUCAUUGCAGCUUGUCUACCAACCCUCCGACCUCUCUUUUCCAAACUCAUGCCUAGGAUGUUUGCUUCAUCUAGCCGAAGCAUUGGCCCACCUCAGUAUGGGCCCUACGUCCAAGCUCCAAGUAGUCAAUACUUGAAUGACAUGAAGAGGACAAGGACAGGCAAGUCCCAGAGGAGCUUAUCCGACGACACAAUGACGCUCAAUGAAAACUCCAGUAUCACAGUACCUACCCACAGCUACAGCAUUAAGUCGCGGCUAUGUCCAGCUAUUAGUGUGAGUAUUAGCGGAGGAGGAAAGCAGGACCAGCCAUCUGAGAAUACAGAAUCAAAAGAUUGUGGAGGGGGCCGGGAAGCAGCCAAGGGGGGCAUCCAGACGAAAACGACUGUGAUACAGCAAGUAGCGACAGAGAGAAUCUCAGAAGAUGGAUGGAAUAAUAGUAGGAGGAGCGAUAGUGAUAUAACCCUCCGAAAGUAUUAA